CUAAUCGUCGUCAUCCACAAAACAAAUUAAAAAAAAAAGCAGAUUAAGAAUUUUGUGUGACCUAUCCUCGCGUCGCGACUUCUGGAAGGGACUCACCACAAUCCCUCUCCUUCACUCUGAGAUAUUUUGAUUACUGGAAACAUGGCGUUCCUUGUCCGAUCGCCGGGUAUACCCACCGUCUCUGCUCGAACCAUCUUCUCCGAUUCGAACUCGAGGUCAAGUCAAGCGUUUACCAAGAGGAAUGAUACUGUUUCCGCGAGAAAGUUGAUUGGUUUCAAGUCGAGAUUAUACGCGAAAUUCUCAGCUCCUGUGAAAGAAGACUGCAAAAUCAGCAGACCUGAGGAGGAAGAAGAAGAGGAUAAGCAGAGGUACUACGUCAAUAAGGGUCACGCCGUUCAGUGUCUCAGAGAGGAGCUUCCUUCCUUGUUCUACAAAGACCCCAACUUCGCCAUUUACAGGGAUGAUAUUGUGUUCAGAGACCCUAUUAACACCUUCAUGGGAAUUGAUAACUACAAAUCCAUGUUCUGGUUGUUACGUUUCCUUGGAAAGAUCUUCUUCAGAGCACUCUGCUUGGACAUUGUUAGUAUUUGGCAACCCAACGAGAAGACUCUCAUGAUUCGAUGGACUGCUCACGGAGUUCCUCGUGGUCCCUGGGAGACUCGUGGUCGCUUUGAUGGCACUUCUGAGUAUAAAUUCGAUAGGAACGGGAAGAUUUAUGAACACAAAGUCGAUAACGUCGCUAUUAACUCGCCUCCAAAGUUUCAAAUGCUUACUGUUCAAGAUCUUGUUGAAGCCAUUAGCUGCCCUUCCACACCCAACCCGACGUAUUUUGAGUUUAGAGAUUUAUCAUCAUCUUCGGAAACAUAAUUGUGUUCAUAGUCUUUUGUGUGUUUAUAGAUAUAGAGUAAUGAAGCUAUGUGACUCUAUUUUGGUGUGUAAUAUAAGAUGAAGAAGAGUGAAAUGAAAUAAAACCAAUAAAAGCGUU